ACAGAGGGAAGAUUACAAAAACCCCAACUUCGUGACAUGCAUAUUACCAAAACUAAGAAGUCUCUAGUAAUUGUAACAGCAAUUGUCUCUGUAGUUGGUUUAGCUUAUAAAAUACUUGUUUCUGAUGCAUAUGAAAAGAAAGUCGAAGAUUUUUACAAAACUUAUAAUGCGGAAGCAUCAUUGAAGCGAAUGAAUGAAGCUGGACUUAUGGAAUCUUAUCAAACCUAAACAUUAUAUAUGUUAAUAAAAUAUUAGUGGUAUUUCAAAAUUUUGGUUAAAAAAUUAUAUGUAAGAUUAAUAAAUAAAUGUUACAGAUAAGGUAUC